UGUGCAGUAAGAGUAUCAAGUACACCUACCGGUAAUCAGACAGAUCCACAAAUGAGUGAUACAUUCUAUGCUGGUGUAAAGGUACUUACACCUCAAAUUAGGUUAAAUAGUGGAUCGCAGGAACAUAUUGUACUACAACCGACUAUUCCUUUUGGAUGCCGAAGGCCAUUUGCUUUACCAGCUGACCGACAGGAACAGUGUGACAUCGAUAUUGAAAUGUUUGACCCGAAUUCAAAAUAUACGUGUAAGGAGACCGCUGUGACAUCAUUAAAUAACCAAAAACUGUGCGGAAGUAGACUGACUGGAUGGCGGAAUACAACUUCUCAUUCUUGUAUUCAUCAACAUAAUGUUAACGACUGCAACUACAAUAGAAUAACUCAAAGUCUACCAACCUUCUCAAUAAAUAUAACAGUGUCAAAUGAUCAACUUCAAUAUCCAGAGGACAAAACAUUUACAGUACAGUUAAAAACAGCAGAUAUUUCUCCACACAUAUUUUGGGAAAAUGCAAGUCUAGAUCACAUUACGAUCUACCUUCCAACUGGUACGAUGGUUAAAAUUGAAAUAAAACAUUAUGGCAAGUCAGAUUUUCUUAACGUGUACAUUAAUCCCUCUCCCUCUGAUGUCAUGAAUACUGAAGGGUUGUGUGGAAAUCUUAACGGAAAAAAUGACGAAAAUGUUAACAAUGCAUAUAUCAAGACAUGGGAGUUGCAACAUAGUUUGUUUAACACGGUGCGUUACAAUCUUCCACCAACAUGGACAUACGAUCAUAACGUGUGCAUUUGUCCAAGGGCUGUUCCAAACGUAACAAUGUCAGCAUUACCGAAUAGUCAAAAAGACUCUAGGGCCACUUGUUUUUCACAGCGGUAUGCAACAUGUACAGAUAACAUUCAACUUCAAGGAGAGAAGAAAACUUGCACGAUAAGAAACAAAAGAUCUAUUAAAAGGCAUAGAAGAAAUAUCAAAAGGUUGCUCGCUCUCUCAUUAUUAAGUGAGAAUUCAAAUAGCCGUGUCCGCAAG